GAAGGCGAAAAAAAAAAGCGACGAAAACCUCCUGAGCUAUUUUCUUCUUCUUCUUCUUCUUCUUCUUCUUCAGCUUCUUCUCUGCCUCCAUCAACAAGAAGCAGAGCCUCACUUGCUUGCCUUUCAGCUUUUACUCUGAGCGUUUAUCUUCAGAAUAGCACCAGAUGUAUCAUAAUAAGACCCUCGACCAUUUUGCUUUCUUUUAAAAUGACGACUUAUUAUGCCACUCAAUCAACUUCAACUUUGAUUUCUUCCUUUAGUCAAAAUUCCAGUCAGCUAUCCAGUAAUAACUCUUCCAAUGUUACUUCUGUUUCGAAUUCUUCUUCCAAUAUCAACAUUGGUGGUUCCAUUGCUAGUGCAAAUGACCCAAUCACAGGCGUUUCUUCCUUUUCUAACAAAGUUGACAUGUCUUCCCACUCGACUCCCAAGACUUUGACCCCAAAUGGCUAUUCUCUAUCAAAUUCAACUUCCAGCUCGAACUCAGUUUUGAAUCUGGUCUCAAAUUCAAGCUUAGUUUCUCCUUUAACCUCGUCUUUAAAAAACUACAGCCUGAAUUUCAAUUCAAAUACCAAUUCAAAUUUGACUUUGAAUGCUAAUUUGUUAACUAAUUCAAAUGGGGCUCUUGUUAAUACAAAUACAAAUUCAAAUGCGAAUGCAGAUGCAGAUGCAAAUAAUUCAAAUAAAAGCUCUUUUUAUUAUCAGUACCAGAUUAUUGAUAAGGCUCUACUCAAUUAUAAAUCAAAAUCUUAUGCAAAUUCCUAUUAUUACAGCAGAAAUAGAGUGGUUUCAUCUUCUCAUUCUCACAGUAAUAACAAUAAUAACAACAAUAAUAAUAGUACUAACAAUAAUCACAAUAAUAAUAACAGAUUCAACCCUCAAAGAGUAGCUAGAAGAGCUGUAUCCACUCCUUUUUUUAAUCUUUCUUCAUCUAACAAUUCUAGUACAAGCAAUAACUUUACUUUAAAUACCAAAAAAAGUUAUAACAUGCUAAACUAUAAUUAUAAUAAUAAUAAUAAUAAUAAUAAUAAUAAUAAUAAUAAUAAUAGCAAUAAUAACAACAGUAACAAUAAUAAUAGUAAUUAUAAUAAUACUUACAAUUCUAAUUCUAAUUCUAAUUCUAAUUCUAAUUACAAUAAUUAUAAUAACAUCAAUAACGUUAAUAGCAGUAGUAAUAGUAGUAGUAAUAACAACAAUAUUAACAAUUUUGGUAACUUCACAAAUUUUAACAGUUUCAAUUCAAAUUCUAAUUCAAUUUAUAAUUCCAAUUCCAAUUCCAAUUCAAAGACAAUAAAUUUUUCAAUGCCCACUUUUAAUGAUUCUUCAAAUUAUAAUUCUCAACAACGUUCUCCACUAACUUAUUUUGCUCAGCCAAAUAUUAUCAAUAAUUCAAAUUCAAAUUACCAAUCGAAUUCUCAGACUUCUAGUCCUACACCUUCUGUUUCUUCAAUGAAUUUAUUGACAAACCAAAACACUUCUCCUUCUUUGAUAUCUUUAUCAACUCCUCAUUCCUCCUCUUCUUCAGCUUCUUCUAAUCUUUUGCAGCAAAAUAAUACCGGCCCUUUAUUAAGUAAUUCAAAUAAUUUCAACCAUAAUUCGGCCAACAUUAAUGAGGAUAGUAAUAAUAUUCCUACCUUAGAACAAUUAUCACAACAAUAUAGCUCAAUGACUCCCUUGAAUAUCACAUCAACCCUUCAGCAACCUUCAACUGAGUAUUAUAACUUGGGUGGUUUUACCAAUAAUCAUAAGUCUUUGAGGAACUCAAAUUCUUUGGAAAACAUUUUGCAAAGGCCAAGCUCAGUUAACUCCAAUCAUAACUUCAAUUCGAAUAAUCAUAGCAUUUGGAGUAAUAAUAAUUUUAGCAAUAGUAGUGGUAAUUUAACACUAUCUUCAACUUUGGUGAACAAUACAAUAACAACACCAACUCAAAAAACAUUUUUAUCCAACAAUAAUAACAGCGUCAACAACUUUAGUAAUACUAAUAGUAGCAAUAGAAAAUUCGGUUCUUUUGGUGCAACGAGUAAUGAUAUUGAUCCAAUGUCAAGCUCUGCUUAUUUCUGAUGUUACUGAUUGAUCUGUUUUGAGUUUCAAUACUAUUUAUGUUCUAAGCACUAUGUAUCCUUUCGUUAUAUUUUAUCUUUCACUUGAUAUCAUCUUUUUAUUAUUCAAAAAGGUUUUAAUUUUAUUUUUUGUCUAGUUCUUUUUCUCUCAAAUUACUUUACAUUU